AUGACUCGCAUCCCGCCGUUUCCUUUUAGCUUCACCAACUCCACGUGUGGGCGGCGGACGGCUGGCCCGCUCGGCAGCAACGGCGACAACAAUGCCAACAAUGCAGUCACAGGGCCAGAGACAAUGACCGUUCAGGCGCAGACCACACGACUGCUCCUUUUCCAGGAGCUCCUGGAACGUAGGAGGAACCGUAGGCUCGCUGUCGAGAUUCUAGACCAACGUAACCACCAGCCCACGGCCUGGCAGGCUCGCGGCUGGCCGGGCUGGCAGCGAGUCGCUGUGCGCCGCCAGCCCCUAUUCAGCACUCGCAAGAAGACUCCGUACACGCUGGACCUGCUCUGCGUGCGUUUCUACAGUGCCGGGCAGCGACGGGCGGGCGCAAGGGGCGGCGGUCCGGGGUGGGCGGCGCUGGAGCGUCAAAGCCUCACGCCUCCUGUCAAUUCCACCACGAUUCUAGCCGGCCAACCACCGUUUCCUGGCCCUCUUCCCACUCCACCUGCACGAACGUCCUCGAAACCUGCUCUCUCCGCUUCUCUGUGCCCUGCUAGCUCAUCAGAUCCUCCGUUGCUGUCGCUCUCAGAUGUGCAUAGCCCGCCUCUCUCCCUCCUCCGAGUUUCGAUGACCGUUCGUCCUUGCUGUCUUCCGGCCCAGGCGGUGCAGCAGCAACCCCGUACACGGCGCUCCUCCUCUCCCGCCUCCAGGGAGCCUCUGCCGUCUCCUCGAUCUCCAUUGAUCCCUUCCGAUGCAGGGGGCUAUGCCACGAGGAGAGGCCAUGUUCCCCAUCUGUCGAUAAGUGAUCCAAGCCAUCAUGUCACCGAGGCGAUUGGGCAUAUGUAUGAUGAUGAUUACGAUCGAAGAGACUCGAGACGGUUAAGCUCCAUGUCCCAACCCCGCAGCGAAACCCCCCCGAUGCCUUCGCACAGUAGUGGGACUUCGGACACCCAGGAUGGAGCGGGGGAAUCCUCCCCCGACGGGAAUGACCGUCAGCCCAAGGAGUCACCACGGGCCGAGCGACCGAAGUCAUCCUCGUAUGAGCGCAACAGGACUUCCAUCCACCAGGCAGCUUCCGACACGGCCACGUCCUCGUUCCCUCUCAAUGACAUCGACUACGAAUCGAACCCGGCCGCCGUGGCCCAGGAGCUCAACAACCUCGCCGCCAUCCGGAGGAUGUCGAUGGAUGUCACCAGUGACCCCGACUUACCGUCCUUCUCCAACUUCCAGGUGCCCUCCCUCGCGCCGUCGUCUUCCGCGGACGAAAACGAUGCGUCUCGACUCUUCUGGGUGCCCGCUCGCCUCCAUCCCGAGCUGGCGCCCAUGGAAUUCAAGUCCUUCAUCGAGAGCAAGGCUGAACAAAUCAGGCGGCGGUCACGCGACUUCUCAGCGGCCAACUCGGGUCUCGAGCGACAGGGGUCGGGUGGGGGCCUGCGGCGAAAGCGAUCCAUGUUGUCGAGGCAAAUCGACAAUUCGAACGGAUAUACCGAUGGUGCGGAGAGGCUGGAAAGGAAACGCUCGACAUCACAGCAGGGCAAGCAGGACACCUUCACUCCGAACUUGCAGGAUCUGGAGAAGUUAGUGGACGGCACCAAGCAGCUAAAUAAAGACGCGCUCGCCCUCCUGGGAGGUGUGGAGCGUCUCGAUUUAUCAUCGAAUGAAGACAAGCCGAUCCUCCCUCCAGCCCCUCCGGGUCACAGCCUCAAGCGGUCGACAAGAACCCAAUACAGGAAAGGCAGCUUGAAGAGAGGCGAGCGAUUGCCAUACUCGAAGCGAGUUGGCAGAACUCAGGAGACAAUAGGAGAAGAGUCGUCCUCGGCCGCGCCGUCCUCCGAAGAACGACCGGCGUUCAAAGGACUGACUCGCGCGUCGACUGAUCCUGGUCUAGGCGUUUCUGAAAGAACCUUACAACGAUACCAAACGUCAUCUAAGCCAGCUCAGGGUGACACUUCGUCUCCAGAAAGCACUCCGAGCUCAACGUUUGACUCUACACCCGAUCAGAAGGCGUCCAACAAUGCCGCAGAACCCUCCCCUCAAUCUCGGCAAUGGCAUUCGCGUAUUAGCUCCAAUGGGCGAUCGACUUUAGAAAUUCCCCAGUCAGCCCAAACGGUGCCACGAAUCGUGGAGACCCCUCCUCCUACUCCUCCCCCUCAAUUCGAGAACCGGCCUGGCACAACACCGUCCAACUUACAAUCGACCGUGAUUCCAGAGCGAACAUCCGCCAGUGAUGCACAUCCCCCCACGGCAGCAUCUUCCAGCGCUUCCUCAAACGAUCCCAAUAGUAGCCCACGACCAAAGCGGCCGUCUCUCCACAGGCAGAACAGCCACACCGCUCAGACCCUUACCGAUAUCGCGUCAAAUCCCGCACCGCUUCCAGGCAACACUACCCGAACGGACAGCUUGUCUGUGAUUCCCACCCUCACUGAAGACAAGAAGCCCGAGAGUAAAAAGUCCAAGGACAAGAAGGAGAGUGAAGGAAGCCGGAAAUCCAGCUGGCACUGGCUGCUCGGAACGGAAGACAAGGAGAAAGAGAAGAAAAAGGAGAAGGAGAAGGACAAGGACAAGGAGAAGGACAAGGACGGUGAAAGCAAGAAAGGGAAAUUGAAGCACUCUGUGUCGGGGGAGAAAAUCCAUGACAAACAUGACAACACCCGCCUCGAUGUGGCUCAAACCUCCAUCGAUAGUGUACCCCGAGGUCGGGAAAGUCUGGUUCUGGAGCGGCCCGCCGAUCCGAAGCUGGAAGAGGAGCGCCGGAAAGAGAGCGCGCGAAAAUCGUCCGGGGAGUCGAAAAAGGAGAAAGAAUCCGGCCUUCUGUCGUCGAUCUUUGGUGGUGGCAAGAAGAGGAGCGGUUCCGGAGACGGCCACAAGAAGCAUUCGUCCCGCAACCUCUCUCCGGAACCUCCUGCACGGGAGCUGAUACCGGAUGUCGACUACGCCUGGACUCGAUUCUCGAUCCUGGAAGAGAGAGCCAUUUAUCGGCUGGCACAUAUUAAACUGGCGAACCCGCGUCGGCCGCUGUAUUCUCAGGUCCUCCUGAGCAACUUCAUGUACUCGUACCUGGCCAAGGUUCAACAGAUGCACCCGCAGAUGGCGAUCCCGACGUCGCCAGCGCAGAGGGCACAACAACAGAAGAUCAAGGACCAACCGGAGGAGUACACGCAGUACCAGCGAUAUCAAGAGCAAUACGGUGAUAACGCCUAUGACGAAUCUCAAAUGUAUGGUUAUGAGUCUGAUGACCGCUAUCAAUCCCAAUUGAGAGGGAGCCAGCAAGGCUAUGAGAACGGAAGCGUAUACGGACCAGGGCACCAGCCAUAUGGAGGGGCGUAUUCUUCUUUUGGCGACGCUGCGCAAUUGGAUGACGACGACGAUAUGUGGUGA